UAAAAAGGGAAGUUUCCGAAAUAAACGUACAUUUCGCCAUCGCAGCCAUUUGAACUUGGGAGAUAGAGGUAAAUCUCCGCGAUGGCACCAAUCUACUUGAUAUUUUUACUCUGCGCGUUUGCAAACGGUCACAGACGCAACUCGAAUGCAGGUGGCCAAUUGUCACAAUCUGCCGGACUGAGUAGCCUGAGUGGUUCAGGUUCAAGUGGUUUACACGGCUCAAGCAGUGAAGCAAGUGGCCACGGUGGAAGUGGGUUCCAUGGAUCAGGAGGCUAUGGUAGUACCGGUGGUUCAAGCGGUGCAGGCGGAUCAAGCGGGCUAAGCAGUUCUGGUAGUGGUUCGAGUGGGUCGAGCGGAUAUGGCAGUUCGAGUGAAGAAUAUCGAGGCAGUGCAGCAUACGGGUCUGGUGCCGGUAGUUUGAGUGGAUCGGGUGUGGGAAGCUAUGCAUCAGGUGCAGGAAGUGCAGGAGGUUAUGGAUCAGGUUCAGGAAGUGCAGGAGGUUAUGGAUCAGGUGCAGAAGGUUAUGAAUCUGGCGCCGAAGGUGCAGGAGGUUAUGGAUCAGGUUCAGAAAGUGCAGGAGGUUAUGGAUCAGGUGCAGGAAGUUAUGGAUCUGGUGCUGGAAGUGCAGGAGGUUAUGGAUCUGGUGCUGGAAGUGCAGGAGGUUAUGGAUCAGGUGCAGGAAAUGCAGGAAGUUAUGGAUCUGGUGCAGGAAGUGCAGGAGGUUAUGGAUCUGGUGCUGGAAGUGCAGGAGGUUAUGGAUCAGGUGCAGGAAAUGCAGGAAGUUAUGGAUCUGGUGCAGGAAGUGCAGGAGGUUAUGGAUCUGGUGCUGGAAGUGCAGGAGGUUAUGGAUCAGGUGCAGGAAAUGCAGGAAGUUAUGGAUCUGGUGCAGGAAGUGCAGGAGGUUAUGGAUCAGGUGCUGGAAGUGCAGGAGGUUAUGGAUCAGGUUCAGGAAGCUCAGGAGGUUAUGGAUCAGGUUCAGGACGCUCAGGAGGAUAUGGAUCAGGUGCAGGAAGUGCAGCAGGUUAUGGUUCAGGUGCAGGAAGUGCUGGAGGUUAUGGGUCAGGUUCAGGAAGCUCAGGAGGUUAUGGAUCAGGUUCAGGAAGCUCAGGAGGAUAUGGAUCAGGUGCAGGAAGUGCAGCAGGUUAUGGUUCAGGUGCAGGAAAUGCAGGAGGCUAUGGAUCAGGUGCAGGAACUGCAGGAGGUUAUGGAUCAGGUGUCGGAGGUGCAGGAGAAUUAAGGGGUUCAGGUUUAGUUGGUUCCAGUAGUCAUGGAAGUGGAUCGAGUGGUGGUUAUGGCUCGAAAGGAGUUUCGCAAUCAGUUGCCAGUUCAAAAAAUUUCAAUUUACUAGGGCUAGGUGUGGACCAUAAUGGGCUUACGGAACAAGAAAUAAAGGCAUUAUCUGAUGCAAGACGAAGAUAUGGUUUACUAUCUAUGCAACGACAUCCACAGGGUCUACCAAACCCUUAUCAUCACGUCUUGUUAUCUAAAUAUCAUCAUCGUGGUAUACAAUCCCAGCAUUAUCCAUUUUCUAGAAGCAUGAAUGUUGGUGAAAGUGAAAGCCAAAGUCAGGCAGCAAACUUGGGGUCACAUGGUGGGGCCAGUGGUUUAGGAGGCGCUGGUGGAUAUAGUGGAAAUUCAGCUCAAAAUAGUGCCGGCGGUCUCAGAGGGCAAGGAUCUGAAGGACAUAGAGGAAGCUUAGGUUCAGGUUAUGGAUCAGGUGCAGGAGGUUAUGGUUCAGGUGCAGGAAGUGUAGAAAGUUAUGGUUCAGGCGCAGGAAGGGCAGGAGGUUAUGGUAGUGGAUUAAGUGGUGCUGGAAGUUAUAGUGGCAGCUCAGGGCAUAGUGGGGUCAGCAGUCUAAGCGGGCACGGAUCUGAAGGAUAUAGAGAAGGCUCUAGUGGCUUAAGAGGUUCAGGAGGGUAUGGAUCAGGUUCAGGAAGUGCAGGAGGUUAUGGGUUGGGUUCAGGAAGUGCAGGAGGUUAUGGAUCAGGUUCUGGAAGUGCAGGAGAUGCAAGAGGUACAGGGUAUAGAGGAGUAGGCGGCUUAAGAGGACAAGGGUCUGAAGGAUAUAGGGAAGGAUCGAGUGGAAGUGGUGUAGGUGGAUUAGGAUCAAGUGGAGCAAGUGGUUAUGGUAGUGGAUCGGGUGGUUAUGGUAGUGGAUCGGGUGGUUAUGGCAGUGGAUCGGGUGGUCAUGGUAGUGGAUCGGGUGGUUAUUUCAGUGGAUCGGGUGGUCUUGGCAGUGAAUCGGGUGGUUAUGGCAGUGGACCGGCUGGUCAUGGUAGUGGAUCGGGUGGUUACAGUAGCGGAUCAGGUGGUUCAGGUAGUGAUCUUUAUCAUAAAACUGAUACUACCAUGGGGCACAUGCAAAACGUUAAUUCUCGUUUCCAUUAAACUAUGAGCUAGAUAUUUUUAUGUUAUCAGUGUUUAAUAGAAGGAGUGGAUACUUAUUUGUUGAGCUUGCUGCGGA